UUCUCCACCAUAAACAAUUUUACGCUCGAGAAAAUAGAGAAGUUUGAACCGGAAAGAGUGAUCACAGAGAGAGAGAGAUAGUGGCGUCUGAUUUGGUUGAAGCGGAGACGGGGAGUAAUCGUCUCCGAGAUUUCUUUUCUUCUCUGUUAACGAGUAUCGGAGGAGCGUUACUUCAGAUCACAGAAAAGGAAGAAGAUUCAAAAAUGGCGUCUAGAGUCUCUAACCUUCCGAAUCAGCGAGGAAUUGCAGGCGAAGUAAAACCGACGAAUGUUGCGGGACAUGGAAGACAAAAUCGAAAAGCUCUUGGAGACAUUGGAAAUCUCGUCAACGAUCGAGAAAUUGCAACCGGAAAGGAUCUUGCGAGGAAGGCGAAACCGCAGCAGCAGAAACAGUCAAAGGCCGAGGUUAUUAUCAUUAGCCCUGAUGAAAAUGAGAAAUCUUGCAGACCACAUGCUAGCAAAAGAGGAUCCAAGACUUUUACAGCAACAUUAAGAGCUCGAAGCAAGGCUGCAAGUGGAGUCAAAGAUGCUGUGAUCGACAUUGAUGCUGCGGAUGCGAACAACGAACUUGCUGCAGUCGAAUACGUCGAUGACAUUUUCAAGUUUUACAAGACUGUAGAAGAGGAAGGAAGAAUCAGAGACUAUAUGGGAUCACAACCUGAAAUCAAUGUGAAGAUGAGAUCGAUUCUGAUUGAUUGGCUUAUAGACGUUCACAGGAAGUUUGAGUUGAUGCCAGAGACGCUUUACCUCACCAUUAACCUCGUUGACCGGUUCCUAUCUUCCUCAAUGGUCCCAAGAAGAGAGCUUCAGCUGUUGGGAAUAAGCGCCAUGCUUAUCGCCUGCAAGUACGAAGAGAUUUGGGCUCCUGAGGUUAAUGAUUUCGUCCUCAUCUCGGACAACGCUUACUGCAGAGAACAGGUCUUGGCUAUGGAGAAAUCGAUCCUACGACAAGUGGAAUGGUACAUCACUGUCCCGACGCCUUAUGUUUUCCUUGCGCGUUACGUUAAAGCUUCGGUUCCUUGUGACAUUGAGAUGGAGAAACUGGUGUUUUACUUGGCUGAGCUGGGACUCAUGCAAUAUCCUAUGGUUGUUUUGAACCGUCCUUCGUUGCUGGCUGCAUCAGCGGUUUAUGCUGCGCGUCAAGCCCUUAAAAAGACACCAUGUUGGUCUGAGACCUUGAAACAUCACACUGGCUACUUGGAAGAUGAGAUAGUGGAGCACGCGGAAAUACUGAUGAAGUUGAGGGACUCAGCUCCAAAAAGUGCGUUAAGAGCCGUGUUCAAGAAAUACUCUGUCUCAGAAAACGGUGAAGUUGCGCUUCUGCCUUCGCUGGAGGACUAAUCUGUUUCUUGUUCAUGAAGAAACAAACCCAAGUCUUGUUGAUCAUGUAGCUAAGAUGAUCUCUUUAUGUUUGCUUUACUCUCUGUGUUCUUUGUUUGGUUUUAGAUUGGAAUCUCUGUAAAAUCCGUUAUGACAAUGGACAAGUUUUCUUUUUUGCUUU